UAGGUUAAAUUUGUCAAAUUUGCCUGCGUGGACGCCAUGCAUCGCCGCUACGACGAUUAGGCUCCUUGACACGGCAUCAUCGCCGCGCUUUAUCUUAAUCACACGAAGAGGACACGUGUGGGCGCUCUCCUGCAAACCCUGCGCCCGCCCGCCCGGUUUCAGACGUCGUCGUCAAACGCGACAGGGCAGGAAAGGAAUGGCGACCCCACCAGAACGAGAGGUCAGCAUCGCGCGUGGCCCAAGCCGGGGAUGGCCCACAUCGUCUUCCUCCGCGCGGCAGCCGCCGACCUCACCGCCGGCAAGCCGUCGCUCGCGGGCGUGCCGUCCUCCGCGCCGCUCUCCGCGGCCGCCGCGGCCAUCCCGUCGUCGCCGGAGGCCGCCGUGGCCGUCUGGCGCGACGGCGCCUCCCCGUUGGCGCCCCUCGCCGCCACCGUCGUCGGGCUGCUCAGCUCGCUCGACGUCGUCGCCUUCGUAGCCUCCCAUGCCAGAGGAGGAGGCGCCGAGGCGGACGCAAUGAGAACUCCGGUCGGCGACGUGGUGCCGCGGGAGCCGGCGCUGGUCCGCGAGGUCGAGCCCGACGCCAGGUUGAUAGAGAUAAUGGACCUGAUGAAGCAGGGGGCGAGGCGAGUCCUCGUCCGCAAGAACUUCACGGAAGGAUGCCCCAUCAACAAGCAGCCCUUCGCGCCCUUCUACAAGGCCGUGCCCAAGAUCACCGGCACGCCGCGCGCCGCCGCGACCCAGACGGUCAGCCGGUCGUGGUCGUCGACGUUCGGCUGCGACAAGUACUGCUGCUUGACGCGGGAGGACAUCGUCCGCUUCCUCAUCAACUGCCUGGGCGCCCUCGCGCCGAUCCCGCUUCAGUCCAUCUCCUCCCUCGGAGCCAUCAGCCGCGGCUACUGCCACGUCGACGCCUCCUCGCCGGCCAUGGAGGUCGUCUGGAAGAUACCCUCCGACCCGCGCGCGGUGGCCGUCGUGCGGACGAACAGCGACGGGUCGCAUGUGAUUCUCGGGGAGAUAUCCGCUCACAAACUGUGGAAGCGCGACCAUGUGGCCGCUGCGGACGCGAUGGCGAGGCUCUCGGCGCUGCACUUCGCCACCGGCAUUGACGAGAAUGGGGCGGCGCCGGCUGCUGCUAAUGGCGUCGGUGCCGGCGCACGACGGGGUGAGGUGGAGAAUGAUAUCGUGCCUUCUCCAAGGUCUAUGAGAUUCAGCAGCAGGAGAAUCGGGUUCUCGGCGUGCCUUGCCAGCCAAAUGGUCCCGAGUCACCGGGAGAACACGGUGCUCACCUGCAAGACCACGAGCUCUCUCGCUGCCGUCAUGGCGCAGAUGCUGGCGCACAGGGCCACGCACCUCUGGGUCGUCCAAGGCGGCGACACGGAGGAAGCCAUCUUGGUUGGCAUGGUUGGCUACAUGGACAUCUUCAACGCAGUCACCAGCGGUGUUCUUGUUCUUCCGGCUUGAUCACGGGCAAAUUUUGCAAAAGGAAUCCACUGCUUUCUUGAUUGAUUUCUGUUAAGUUCGAGGAGGGAAACUUAGAGCAAAACAGGUAGGAGCAGAGCUGUGUUGGCACUGAGUAGGAACUCAAAACUCAAGCACUAUUGGCUGGUGAGAGCAGUGGCGAAUCCACCAGGGAGGCUUCGAUAGGCUCGAGCCUACCCUCCAGAUUCGCUAAAUUUAUUUUUACUACUAGGCUUCAGCAUAUUUGUUAGGCCCAGCAGGAAAACUGACGCAGCCAGCCCAUCUAAGGAAAUUCGGUGACUAA